AGGUAAUGCAAGUUGAUAAUUGCUCUACAUGCAUACAGUAUGACUCCUACUUACUCGGAUAAGUGAAGGUCAGCACUGAAAUUCCACUUUGCUGAAAUUUGGUUACUUUUUUCGAAGGCUUUUUUCUUUUUACAAGAAUCUAUAAAUUCUUCCUGUGUUCGCUGAUGGCAGGUGUGUAUACACAGGUAGGGGAUAAACCAAGAUAAGUAAUAGAAUAGAAAUAAUAGUCUCUACCUUAAACCUUUUUUGCAACAGAGCUUUCAAGCUUUACUUUAUGUUUUGUAUUGUGUCUGUAUGGAAUAAGCUUUCCACAAUAAAAACAGUCACUACAUAAUGAAUUGAGUGUAAUCUGAUUGCAAAAACACACACCUCUCCUUAUAAGUCCACAAGCUGUACCAAACAGUGGACAGAACUUGCAGUGUUGAAUUCAAGACGUCUCAGGUCUAUUUUAGCCGAGAAGUGAAAGGUGACACUUGAAGCCAUACUUCUUCUAUUACUUUCCCUUGCUGUCUCUUUCGCUGCCAAACCUGAUCGUGAGGCUAUAGUUAGCAACCUGUAUUAGUAUAUAAGGCUCCAUAGUGUCAAAAUGUACAUGUCAGACAUAGGCUCUUGGCUCUUCUGCUGACCAACCCCAAAACCUCCACAUAACCUCAAGAGAUGGCACCCAAAAAGGCCAAGAGGAGGCAGCAGGGAGAGGGUGGCAGCUCCAAUGUGUUCUCCAUGUUUGAGCAGAGCCAGAUCCAGGAGUACAAGGAGGCCUUCACUAUCAUCGACCAGAACAGGGAUGGCAUCAUCAGCAAAGACGAUCUGAGGGAUGUGCUGGCCUCCAUGGGUCAGCUGAAUGUGAAGAAUGAGGAACUGGAGGCCAUGAUCAAGGAGGCCAGCGGUCCAAUCAACUUCACUGUCUUCCUCACCAUGUUUGGUGAAAAGCUAAAGGGUGCUGAUCCAGAGGACGUCAUUGUUAGCGCUUUCAAGGUCCUGGACCCCGAGGGUACUGGCUCAAUCAAAAAGGAGUUCCUUGAGGAGCUUCUGACCACUCAGUGCGACAGGUUCAGCGCAGAGGAGAUGAAAAACCUGUGGGCUGCCUUCCCUCCAGAUGUGGCUGGCAAUGUUGACUACAAGAACAUCUGCUACGUCAUCACACACGGAGAGGAGAAGGAGGAGGAGUAACCUCCUUUUCAUCUACUAUUUAUCUACCUCUUACCUCAAUCCUCUCAUAUCCCCUUACAUGUGGUGCAUUCAUUGGUUCCUUCUUCUCUGGCAUGCUCAGGUUCCCUCCUUCAAUGGAGGCUCCUCUCACAAACACGGCUGAUAAUAAAAGACUUUAACUCCAUUGCUGAGAUCCUGAACUGGAAGUCAGGAUGGCUUUUGGAGGUGGUGGGAUCAUUUUAAAUAAACAAUAAUGCCGC